CGCCCCGCCCCGCUGCGUAGUCCCGGCGCCCUGCGGACCCGGCCGCACUCCGUCGCUCGCCCUCCCUGCGGCCGCCCGACAUGCCUUUCGUCGAGCUAGACACGAACUUGCCCGCCGGCCGCUUGCCCGCCGGGCUGGAGAAGCGUCUCUGCGCGGCCACCGCCGCCAUCCUGCGCAAGCCCGAGGACCGCGUGAACGUGACGGUGCGGCCGGGCCUGUCCAUGUCGCUGAACGGCUCCAUGGAGCCCUGCGCGCAGCUGCUCGUCUCCUCCAUCGGCGUGGUGGGCACCGCGGAGGAGAACCGAGGCCACAGCGCUGGCUUCUUCGAGUUCCUCACCAAGGAGCUGGCCCUGGGCCAGGACCGGAUCAUUAUCCGCUUUUUACCCCUGGAGCCCUGGCAGAUUGGCAAGAAUGGGACAGUCAUGACUUUUAUGUGAUUAGCAUCUGUGAGCUGGCUGCCCCUUGCAGAAAGACCUCCUGGCAGAAUGAGGGCCUAGUGGAUACCAACUUUGGAUACUCCCUCAUGCAGACAUGUCUGAGACCUCACAGUCCUGUUCUUCCCCAGCCUCAUGCCAAAUAAAUGAAGAGAGCUUCAUGGAUCAGA